AGUGGCCAAGAAUUUGCACCACAACAAUCCUCUUAUGGCCCUAAGUAUGGUCCUUUGUUUAUGGAUUAUUUACAAAUGGAAGAUGAAGAUCUGGAUGUUUUAUCAUUUGAAUGUUAUUCAUUUGAAUCUGAAUCACAAACUUAUCCACAUUUACAUCGUAUAAAACCAAUGAAAUUAUUGUAUCAUCUUAAAGAUCAUACCAGUCAAAUUUUUACUCAUCAAAAAGUACUGAAAUUAAAUCCAAAUCACAAUCAUAAUUACUUGCACUGGUCAGAUUUGAAUGUUGCAAAAAACGUGAAUCUAUUUUCUAAAGUGUACAGGAUUACCGCCUGUGAUCAUCAUACAAGGGAUUUUCUAUCUAAAAAUGGAAUCGAAGUGAACGAAGAAGAAGAAAUUCCAAUGGAUACUUUAAUUCAAAAUCAUGAUGUACAACAAGUUUCUAGUAGUAAUGAAGGUGACAAGAAUUGUUCAAAUUAUGAGGAAGUGAAUUAUUCAAAUGCACCAAAUAAAUUGCAUCUGUUAGCUUGUUGGUUAGAUAAUGGUUCUGUUCGAAUAUUUCAUAUGAUUGUACAUACUAUUGAUGAUACGGUUGCUUUGGUGGAAAAUAUUGCUGGACUUAAGGGGCAACUUUUUUUAAAACGAAAUAGACUGCCUUGUGUACCAAAAGAUGGGCGACGAUUUUACCGUUGUGAUCAGAUUCGUCCUGGCCUAUGGAUAGAAGUUUAUACCAGGCCUAUGUUUAUUUUUAGUUGUGAAGGUUCAGAAACACGUAAUUUCUUAGCACGUUUUGGACCUAUUGAUUUCAAAGAUUAUGAGAAGAUUCUUCUUGAUGGACCAUCAAAAAUUAAUGAAAAUCCGGCAUCAGAAUUGAAAUUUAUAGCUGCAAUGGUCGGAGGUAAGGGAUUAUUUGAAGAUAUGAAAUUUCUUGUAACAAUCCAUGUUGACAAACAAGAACUGAGCAUUGCUGAAGCAGAUCAAGCUCAAAAGUGGCAAGGUGGACGGAUUUUUUUGGAAGGCAUUAACGCAAAUACUUAUAGUAUGGAGCAGUACAAAAUUGGUUCUAUUCUAAAAGUUUAUCGAUGGAGAUUUCGUUUGCUUGAAGCUGAUGACACAACGCAACAAUAUUUAUUCUCAAGAAAAUCGCAAUAA